AUGAUUGUGUCCUGUGUCCUUGCUGGUUUGCUCCUUGCUGAGAUUGCUACAUGUGUUAUUUCCUUGUCACUUGCUCCUCCACAAAAUGCCAGCAAGCCCCUUCUUGAGUCCUUUGUCUCGUACUCGAUUGAGUUUUCAUCCUUUCCGGAUUUCGCAGGCAACUCGAGUCAACCGAAUAACUUCUCAUACAACCUGUUAAACAACUUGCGUGACCUCCAAGGGUCUUAUCCAAUCAUCAGAGUCGGCGGGAAUACGGAAGACUACGCCACUUUCAAUGCUUCCCAAACGGCUGCCCUGAUUGGGACUUUUAACUUCACAAGGUCGAGAGACUACCCAACAACGAUAUCCAUUGGCCCUGGGUACUUUGACUCUUACUCUACCUGGCCAGGUAUUACAUAUAUCCACGGCUUUAACUUGGGAAAGAAUGGCUCCAUCGGCCACGAGACCUUGGUGGGAACUGUUCCACUAGUCUGCAAGGCUCUUGGUACCACCAAAGUCGCCUAUUGGGAACUAGGCAACGAGCCCGAUCUCUACAAGACGAGUGCCCAGGGGCCAGUGAGACCGAGUUGGUGGAAUGAGACCGAUUACGUCCAAGAAUGGGUCAACAAAACCCGCACGAUCCGACAACUGGUCCAGCAGCACUGUCCGGAUAUUAUUAGUCAGGGGAAAUUCAAGUUCUACGCCCCCAAUUUCGCGGGAACUUCUAACAGUCUGAACUUGAUCACCACAUGGCAAGCUGGGUUGGACGCCGAUAACGAUAUCGCUUUCAUUGACAGCCACAAUUACAUUGGAGGCGCGACUCAGCCGGGUGUGACUCUCCAGGGCACCCUAAUGAACCACACGUCGACCGUUUUAUCAGUCAGCAAACACCUCAAUGAAUCAAGCCUUCUUGCCCACACAGGACUUCCAUACAUUCUAGGCGAAACAAACAGCUUAUACAACGAAGGUGCACCUGGCUUGUCGAACUCCUUCGGUGCUGCCUUGUGGGGUGUGGAUUUCAACCUCUACUGUGCUGCCACGGGCAUUGCUCGAGUUCACAUGCACCAAGGCACCAAUUAUAGGUACGCUUCGUGGCAACCGGUCCCGACCGUCAACGAGACCCAAGGCACAAAAGCACCAUACUAUGGGAAUAUUAUGGUAGCCUCGUUUCUAGGGGACCUGACAAAAAACAACGUCAGUAUCAGUGACAUCGAACUCGGGAGCACAUAUGAAAAUGCCUAUGCAGCGUACGUCGAUGGCCGGUUGGAGAGAAUAGCUAUCGUCCAGAUGAAUGCGUACAAUUACACCUCCACCGGCACGGCCACAGCCAAGGGUCCGCGCCCAAGCGAGACGUUCAGCUUCCAACUGCCAACCACUAGCACUGGAUCCGCAGCGAAGGGAGUCAGUGUGCAGCGACUGAUGGCAAACGGUAGUGAUGCCAUCACGGGGAUCACUUUCGAUGGGUGGUCAUAUAAUUAUGAACUCCACGAGGGGAUGCCAGUGAAGUUGAAUAAUAUCACUUCAGAAGAGGUGUUGCAGAUCGCCCAGGGCGGCGUGCUUACUGUUACAGUGCCAUGGUCUAGCGCAGCGAUCUUGAAUGUCCAGUGGUGA